AUGUCCAAUUCAAGCCACCUGACCCUCGGGGUCUUCUCCCUUCAGUUCAUCACUAAUGGCAUCAAAAGAACGACACGCGGUUUCUUGGCCACGACGACAAUGUGGCAGAUUGUUGUCUGCAAGCUUUCACCAAGUACAGGUGAAUCCAACCCUUGCGACAUCAUCAACAUUAUUCGAGAUGACGAUGAUGAGGCAUCUGGCUGUUGUUGUACGUGGACAAAGGAUCCCGUGUCAGGUGCUCCAUACAUCUGCGUAGGCGGCGUCGAUGCCAAGGUCAAAAUAUACGACGUCUCAGAUGGGAGCCUAGUAGAGUGUUUCGUUGGCCAUGGAGGGCUUCAGACGAUACCAGCGUUCGAAUAUGGAGCCUUGACCCUAUCCACAAGGAGCAACCUUGUCUUUGCAUCCUCGCUGGCGAGGGUCACUCUUGGAACUUGCUUUCCCUUUUUGUCUAGUUCCCUGGACUCGGACCACGAUCUCCGUACUGACACCACACACUCUCAGUGGACCAUUCCAGAUCUUCCAACGAACGCCAUCACCACCCCUCUUCAAGUUCAUUAUCCGCACUUUUCUACAUCUGCUGUUCACAGCGGAAUCGUCGAUUGCGUCGCAUUCUAUGGAGACUGUGUUCUCUCCCGUGCUUGUCACGAUAACGUUAUUGUUCUUUGGAGGAUCGAAGGAUUUUCGUCAGAGGGACCGCCGCCACCGCAAAGCGCUGCUCCAACACCGCAAAACGUCGUCCCAACCAGCUACGAAGACCCAGAUCGCCUUACGAGAUCCGCAUUUGUCCCAGCUACAUCACCGCAAUGCCCUUCACAGUAUACACGCUUGCUUGAAUUCCACACCCCAAACUGCGGUCCCCAAUUCUUCAUGAGAUUCAAGCUCUUCCAUGUCCCAGACCAAAAUCCCGUACUUGCAUUUUGCAAUGCAGCAGGGAACAUUUUCUUCUGGGAUUUUCGGAGACUUACCGUGUAUCAUGAGGUCAUGGCAGGCUUGCAAGGCAAGUCGAAAGCGGCGGUAACUCCGAGCUGGCUCAAACCGUUCACCCCUCGACAAAGAGCGGACGCUAUGGGCAGAUUCAAAGGAGUUGGUAGUGACAGGGACUCGCUAGCAUCGGGCCAAACGGGACAAACGGAAGCUAGUGAAUACAGCCCAGAGACUCUAGAAUCAUGGGCAUCUAGAUAUAGCACUGAAGAUCCCCAUGAGCCGCUCCGAGCCCAUAAGACAGAGUCUUCCUCCACAAACUUUGUCGGGAGGCAAGCUGCAUGGAGCCCUGGGGGAGAAUGGUGUGUAGUAGUCGGAAGCUCGAACACCAUGUUGAUCUUGCAAAGAUGGGCUAAAGGAGCGCCCUGUAGCCGGAGUACAGGUUGA